UUCUUUUCGGACUGAACUACCUGAUCUUUUAUCUCUUCCAAUGUCAUUUGGUCCUGCUUGCGCUUCUGUUCCUGUUCGCGCCGCAACCUCUCGAUGGCUUCGUCGGCUUCUUGCUCCUGCUUCUUACGUUCCCUUUCUCGCAUAAUGUGGGCCUUAAGGGCUGCCCACAUCUGAAGGCUCAUUUUAGGACGUUCGAUUAAUGCAGGCAUAUUGGAUUCACUUGGCAAAACAUCGGCAAAGGAGGUAAAGAAGUAAAGCUUGCGAAGCACUUCAUCAGCCGUGACCGAUCAUCUUGUAAACAGUCGGCGGUGGCGCCGCCUCUUCGGUUCCGAUCAUUGCGAUUGCGAAAAGCAAAAAAAGUAGGAAUCCUGUGUCGCCAUCUCAGUUUUUAUUGUGUUCAUUCUUAAACCGGUCGUAGACAUCAGUUUGUCGGACACGCGAUUUCAUGUUUGUUGAAUGACUGAUGGGCACUAAUGCGCAUCAGCAGACAUCCCCCGUUCGAGCAGACGACGCAACCUACUUCCCGUUGCUUAGCAACAUUCGUUUACAAACACAGUUACUCAUCUCACAAAUUAAUAACGCGAUGGAAGAUUUGGACUUUGGGGUAGAUCUCGAAUCGCCAAUUAAAAAGUCAGACGUUACGCGAAGGCGACGAUCUAAUCUAUUCGGCAAUGCCAACGAUGCAAAGGGUGGUGAAAUCUCGAAGCCGCCGCCGAAGCCAAGAAGGAACAGCGGCUGGGCUGAUGAAGGGUCAUCUGGACUGUUUCGUUUCAGACGGCAGUCAACACGUGCCCAGAGCACUGUCAAAACGGCUGACAACAACUCUGUGAUGAAAGACGCGCCAAAGGUACCCAAGACAGAAACAAUACUCGACAGAGACGACGACUCAGACGCAGAUAUGCCCAUAAUACCAGACUUGAAUGAAGCGGAAAAGGAGGACCUCACAUCUCAAGUGGCACAGGCUCCGAGCGCAAGUCAGCUGGAGCCGUUUCAACACUUGGAUGGGGACCUGCUGAAGCAAGCGCCAUUUUCAAAGCUCGAUGGAAUAGACCUCCGUCUGCUUGCGAGGUACCUAUCCCCAGAGGGAGAUCUGAAAGAGGUAGUGGCAUAUCAGCAGUGUAAUGCACUUACUUACAAUACCAAAACUAUUGGUAUCUGCAGCCAGAUGUCCCCUGGACCUGGGACGUCCUUUUUACGGAAGUACUGACUACCAUCAGCAAAGACUCUGCUAGCACAGAUAAAUAGAGGCAAUAAAACAUUUUUAUGUCACUCU